AACAAACCCCUCCAAUUCAAAAUUUGGAUGGCCACGCUCUUCUCGCCUCCGGCGGCGGCUCGUCUCGCUCCUCUGCUCCGCCGCCUCAACCCCAACCCCUCCCUCAGCCUCCACGUCCUCUGCCCCCAGAUGGCAAGAGCCCCCACCUCGCCCCCUCGAGCCAUGUCCUCCGUUCCCAACCUCCGUCUGUUGUCGUGGGACAGCGCCGACGACCCGCUGGAUUUCAGCGCGGUCGCCGCCACCGUGUUCUUCCCGCUCUUGCAGCGCGCGACGGAGCGGGAUCGCGCGCCGUCGCCGGAGUUCGUCGAGGUGCGCGCCGCCGCGGGCAAGCGGGCCGGCGGCGCGGCGGAGGGGACGAAGCGGGACCGCGCGCCGUCGCCGGAGUUCGUCGAGGUGCACGCCGCCGCGGGCAAGCGGGCCGGCGGAGCGGUGGAGGGGAUGAAGCGGAAACGCUCGCCGUCGCCGGAUGUCUUCGAGGUGCCCGCCGCCGCGGAGAAGCGGGCCGGCGCGGCGGCGGAGUGGAUGAAGCGGAAGUGUGCGCCGUCGCCGGAGGUCGUCGAGGUCCCCGCCGCCGCGGAAAAGCGGGCCAGUGGUGCGGCGGAGGGAGAGGAGACGGCGCGCGCCGCCAAGAAAGGAAAUUCAAAUAGUCAUUUAGAUAAGAAGAUUGUCAAAGUUAUGACAUACAAUGUCUGGUUCCGUGAGGAUUUGGAGCUGAUUAGAAGGAUGAAUGCUAUUGGAGAUCUUAUUCAGCAUCACAGCCCAGACCUUAUUGGCUUCCAGGAAGUUACUCCUAACAUAUAUCUGCUGUUCGAAAAAUCUGAUUGGUGGCAAGCAUACAAAUGCUCAUUGUCACAUGAGGAGGCCAUGGGAAGACCAUAUUACUGCAUGCAGAUGAGCAAAUUGCCUGUGGAGUCAUUUAACUGCAAACCAUUCUCUAACUCACAUAUGGGAAGGGAGUUGUGCACAGCUGACGUCAUUGUUGGAGGUUUGAUCAAGUUGGUGAUGGCCACAAGCCACCUUGAGAGCCCAUGCCCUGGACCUCCUACUUGGGAUCAGAUGUUCAGCAAGGAAAGGGUGGCUCAGGCAAAUGAAUCUUUGAGAAUUCUGGGAGCUUUCCGCAAUGUAAUAUUCUUUGGAGACAUGAACUGGGAUGAUAAAGGAGAUGGACCCUUCCCCCUACCAGAUGGGUGGAUCGAUGCUUGGGCUGAGUUGAAGCCAGGCGAAAAUGGCUGGACAUACGACACGAAAGCAAAUGCCAUGAUAUCAGGUAACCGCAAGCUGCAGAAGAGGCUUGACCGGUUUGUGUGCAAGUUGCCAGAUUUCAAGGUCGACAGCAUUGAGAUGAUUGGGAAGGAGGCGAUACCGGGUAUCACAUACAUUAAGCAGAAGAAAGUCCGGCAGGAGAUCCGCCAACUGGUGCUACCUGUCUUGCCCAGCGACCACUACGGGCUUGUUCUGACUAUCAGCUCAGUCUGAAGAGAUGUGAUUAUGGUAAAGAAACUACUGUCUAGUGUAGGGCCUCUUUUGUAAAUAGGUAUUAGGUAGUAGCAUAUCAUGUCCCAUGGAAGCAUCAUGGUGAUUCUGGUGGAUGCUUAUGCACAAUUGUAGACAUAGGAUCAUCCUGGUGCCCCCGAUUUUGUCCAGCUCUGCUAAGGAGGCACCCGUAUGCUAUGUAAAUAUACGGUACCUGGUGGCUUAUUGCUUGACAUGUUGAUACCCAUUGCUUC